AUGGCUACAUGUACACUCGGCAGGAGCAGUGGAGAGGAAGGUAGUAGGCAUGGAAAGGUAGCGUUCAGUCGCCAGAGUAAACAUAGACACCAAAAUGCUAAGAAGGAAAAAAACAUCAGAGAAGGCAGUGGUCUAGGGAAUGUUGCGUACAACGCACAAAGUGUCCAUCGCAACAGAGCAACGUCACCAAACGGUAUUGAGACUGGCGAGGACGUUCUUUGGAAGAGCACCAACUUCGCUCGCAAAGGUGUCGGCACCAAGAUGGCCUUCAUACUGGAUCGACCACGAAUUGACUCCAACUAUCCAAAGAACACAGCUGGUACCGAGACUUUGAAAACAAGUAAACGACGAACCUCUGAUCAAAAGUCCUCUGAAAAAGAACCUGGCACGUCUGGCGACUCAAGCUCCCUCGCACCGGAUGCUUCAUACCAUGCCGACUCUGUACACGACAUCGUGGAAUACUUUGCGAAUGAUGUCACGACGCUUCAUGCGUUGCCGAAUGUAUUCAAGUCGUGUACAUUAUUAGCUAAGUGCAUGUGGUCUAUAAUUUUCUUGACAGGGGUGUUUCUGUUCUUGUUUCAAACUUCUCUUGUCAUCAGGAAGUACCGCAGUGGACCCAUUCAAGUUCUGUCUCUUAUACACAUCUAG